CCAACGGCCCUUCUGGUAGCUCCGCGCUUGCUCACCAACUCGCCUGCCUGGCGCACCCACCCCCUCCUCCAUCCUUUCCCCCCGCAGCAGCCUCUGCUGGCCGCGACUGCGCAAGCGCGCUGACGCCCCCGCCGACUCCCGCGUGGGAGGAGGGGCUGGAAAUGAGGCUUGGCCGAGCGGCUCGCGCGCGCUCCCUCCCCUCCCGUCGCUGGGCACGCGCCGGGCGGUGCAGCUUUGCGGCGUCGGAGGGCAGCGCAGCAGCAGCUGCAGCGGCCGCUGCGGGAGGGGCCCGGAGCCCCGCCCCCGGGGAGGGGCCUUCCGCAGGUCUUCCCUCUACCCUUCACGCUGGGGAUGAAAUUUAGCAACAGGAAGGAAGCACUUCACGCGGCGUCAAUGGACUGAGACUAAACCAAGACUCGGGUAAAGCUACCUCUCGGAGGCUCCGCCCUUCGCCUUUGGCUUCCAGACUUAAAAAAGACCUUGCUCCCCAACUGGCCCGAUUUUCGGCCCUACAGCCCUAUCCCCAUCAGCCUUGUACUCACCGGCAUCGCCCACCUCCCUCUGGGUUCCUGGGCCAGCAAGCAAGAUGCUGGAACGAGAUGCAGAGUCCGCGGCUGGGGACACCGAUCCUAGUCCCACUGGCAAGGAACCAGUAACCAAGGGAGGAGCUCCGCUCCAGGGCUCGCCGCAGAAGCCCAGCCAGUCGGUUCCGGGGCCUGCCACGACCGCGGCGGCGCCUUCCCGACCCCGACGGCGGCCCCCGCCCCAGCGCCCACACCGCUGCCCCGACUGUGACAAGGCCUUCUCGUACCCGUCCAAGCUGGCCACGCACCGGCUGGCCCAUGGCGGCGCCCGCCCCCACCCGUGCCCCGACUGCCCCAAGGCCUUCUCCUACCCCUCCAAGCUGGCAGCCCACCGCCUCACGCACAGUGGUGCCCGCCCACACCCCUGCCCACACUGCCCAAAGGCCUUUGGCCACCGCUCCAAGCUGGCAGCCCACCUCUGGACCCACGCACCUGCCCGCCCCUACCCAUGCCCCGACUGCCCCAAAUCUUUCUGCUACCCCUCCAAGCUUGCAGCCCACCGCCACACGCACCAUGCCACCGAAGCCCGCCCCUAUCCUUGCCCUCAUUGCCCCAAGGCUUUUUCGUUCCCCUCCAAACUGGCCGCCCACCGCCUCUGUCAUGAUCCCCCGACGGCACCAGGCAGCCAGGCCACAGCCCGGCAUCGCUGCUCCAGCUGCGACCAGGCCUUUGGCCAAAGACGACUCCUGCUCCUUCACCAGCGCAGCCACCACCAGGCUGAAAGCCAGGGGGAGCGAGAGUGAGUCCUCCCCUUGGCUCACGGCCCCCUCUGCUGCCAGCUUGGGUCAAUAAAAAAAGGUGGCAUUUUUAAGCUGGCUGUAUGGACUUGCCUCUUCCAGAUAGCUGGCAGGGAGACUGGCUCUAUCUACACUGGGCUCCAACUUACAAGGCUGAGGAACUCUGCUCACCUGUUUGAAAGGGAGGGUAAGGUGUCACCUAUAGAGAGCGUUGGGGCUCAAACCAUGGGCUUUGAGCCACGACUUGAAAGCAAACUUAUUUUUCCCCUCCUACUUAUAAGGCAAGAGUCAAAAGUCUGCUAGUAUCGUUGGUUGCUGAGGAAUGUGGGGAAACAGGGUCUCUCCUUAUUGUAAGCUAAAUUGGUGCCUCCAUUUUGGCCAUUUGUCCAUAAAAAAUUUAAAAUGCUCACAUCCUUGUUUCAACUAUUCCACACCUAAUAACUUAUCCUAUAGAUAAACUCAAGCACUGAGAAAGGCAUAAGGAUGCUGAGAAACGACCCAAGUGACCGUCAAUAGGGGAUCAGCUAAUGAAUUAUAACAUAGCCACAGAAUGGACUAUACUGCUAUAGGGGGAAAAAAAGCUCUAUUUGUACAGAUGUGGAAUGUUUCCCUAAAUAUACUGAAUGAUAAAAGAACAAAGGGCAUACUGCCAAUAUUUUUGUGUUUUUUAAAAAGAUUUUGAGAGAGUGAAUACAUAGAGAAAGGGGGAGAAGCAGGCUCCCCAGUGAGCAGGGAGCCCGAUGUGGGACUCGAUCCCAGGAUCCUGGGAUCAUGAUCUCAGCUGAAGGCAGACACCUGACUGAGCCACCCAGGUGCCCCACAUACUGCCAAUAGCAUAAACAUUUUUUUUAAAGCUCAUGCUUUGGAGCUGGCCCUGACCCACUACUUAUGAGCGGGGGGGACCCUGGACAAGUUUUGUCACUUCUCUGGACUCAGAUGCCUUAUCUAUAACAUGGGAAUGCUAGAAGGCCGUUGUAAGGGCACAAGCAUCAUCUCUGGCCGGUUUCCCCUGAACUAACACUGGACUGCUCUUUAUUCUUCAGAUGUGUGUUAAGCACUUACAGUGUGCUGGGCCCUGCCCUCGGUGGUAGGCACACAGCGAACAAAACAGGCCUGGUCCAGCGAGGGAAGUGGGUGCUAAUCAAGUAGUGGCAGAAAGAAAAAAUGUAAAGAAGCCAAGUCCAUCUUGAAGAACAAAGUAGAAGAGGGAGCCUUGCCCUCCACCCCUACCCCCAGGUACCAAGAAUUAUGUCAAAGUCAUAGUAAUUACAUCUGUGGUGUUGGCUUGGAAACAGGCAAGUGGAAGAGAAAAAGAGCUCAGAAACAGACCUGUGCUUACAGGAGGUCCCGACAGGAGGUCCUGAUGAGAUCAGGGGUUGGCACACUUUUUCUGGAAAGGUCCUGAUAGUAUAUACAUAUUUAGGUUUUGUAGGCCAUAGUGUCUGCCACAACUACCCAACUCAGCCCCUGGAGUACAAAAGCAGCCACACACAUUAUGAUACAUAAAUGAAUGAGUACGGCUCUGGUCCAGUAAAAUGACAAAAAUGGCAGGUGAUCUUGAUUCUGCCUAUGGCAAGUAGUUUGCAAAUCUCUGCUGUAGGGCAAUGGGGAAAGGACAGGCUCAUCUGUGAAUGAGCUGAGAGAUCUGGAAAAAACAUUAAGUGGGGCCCUUUGGAGGCAGAAUAAUGGUCCCUCCCCCACAAAGAGGUCCAAGUCCUAAUCCCCAGAGAUGGAGUAUGUUAGUUUACACAUGGCAGAAGGGACUUUGCAGAUUCUUGAUCUUAUCUUGAGCUGGAAGAUUAUCCUGAUUAUCCCAGGGGGCCGAUAUAAUCACAAGGGUUCUCAUAUUGGAGACAGGGAAGCAGAAGAGUCAGAGGAGAUGUGACAAUGGAAGCAGACACUGGAGGGAUCAGGGCCAUGAUUCAAGGGAUGCAGGCAGCCUUUAGUGACUGGAAUACGUAAGAAAAUGGAUCCCCCUGGAAGGGACACAGCCUUGCAGACACCAUGAUUUUAGCCCACUGAGACUGAUGUUGGACUACUGAUGCACAGAACUAUAAGCAAAUAAAUUUGUAUUGUUUAAGGUCACUAAGCUUGAGAUAGUCUGUUACAGUAGCAAUAGGAAAACCUAUAGAUCCUGAUCUCCUACCACACAAA